AUGUCUCAAGAUUCUGCGACUACUACUUCUCCGCCGCCACAUUCAACCACCGUCGAUUCAAUGUCGAAGCCGUCGACACAGGAGGACAAAUUCAAGAAACUGGAUGAAGAAGAGCCAAAGCAGCUAACUUUGGAGCCUGAGUUAACGGAACUAAUUCAGCCGCCGGAGCUAAAUCAUGUAACUUUAGAGCCAGAGCAAACUCAGCCGCCGAACUCCGAGCCAAAGCCGUCUCUGCCUUUAAUUUCGGAGCCGGAGGUGCCUAACCACACGGCGGAGGGUUCAGAGCAGCCACAUCGAGUGACGCCGGAGACAAUGGCUUCGGAGCCAGAGGAGCCUAACCACACGGAGGAGGAUCAUUCAGACAAGCCACAUCAAGUGACGCCGGAGACAGAGCCAACACAGGAACUAAUGUUGGAGCAUAGGAAAAAGUACACGGAGGUAGCAGAUUGGACAGAGCCGGAACCACCAGAGGCGGCGGUGUUAGAAGCUGCAGCGUCAGUACCUGAGCCGAAACAACCGGAGCCUCAAAGCCCUGAAGUCGCGGUGGCGCCACCACCACCACCAGCUGCUGCUGCUUCUUCUUCAGUGGAAUCUAGAUCGCUAGCGGAAAUGAUGAACAGAGAAGAAGCUGAAGAGAAACCAAAGAUUCAAAUUCCUCGUAGCCUCGGCUCGUUCAAAGAAGAAACCAACAAAAUCUCCGACCUCUCAGAAACAGAGUUAAACGCUCUUCACGAGCUCCGUCACCUCUUGCAAGAAUCAACCACCAUAGAUUCGUGCAAAAGCUCCAUAUGGGGUGUGCCACUUCUCAAAGACGACAGAAGCGACGUCGUUUUGCUGAAGUUCCUAAGAGCGAGAGAUUUCAAACCCCAAGAAGCUUACUCAAUGCUCAACAAAACACUCCAAUGGAGAAUCGAAUUUAACAUCGAGGAACUUCUCGACGAAAACCUCGGAGACGAUUUAGACAAGGUUGUGUUCAUGCAAGGACACGACAAGGAGAAUCAUCCGGUCUGUUAUAAUGCCUACGGUGAGUUUCAGAGCAAGGAUCUUUAUCAGAAAACGUUCUCGGACGAGGAGAAGAGAGAACGGUUCUUGCGAUGGAGGAUUCAGUUUCUUGAGAAGAGCAUAAGAAAGCUCGAUUUUGUAGCCGUUGGAGUUUCCACGAUCUGUCAAGUAAACGAUCUGAAGAAUUCUCCUGGACCUGGUAAGACCGAGCUCAGACUAGCCACUAAGCAAGCUCUUCACCUACUUCAAGACAAUUAUCCUGAGUUUGUCUCUAAACAGAUAUUCAUCAAUGUUCCAUGGUGGUACCUUGCCUUCUAUAGGAUUAUUAGCCCUUUCAUGACACAAAGGUCGAAGAGCAAACUCGUUUUUGCUGGUCCUUCAAGAUCUGCAGAAACCCUUUUCAAGUAUAUCUCACCUGAACAUGUCCCGGUUCAGUAUGGUGGACUAAGCGUGGAUAACUGCGAUUGCAUCUCGGAUUUCACACACGAUGAUACAGCCACAGAGAUUACCAUUAAACCAACAACAAAACAAACUGUCGAAAUUAUUGUUUACGAGAAAUGUACGAUCGUGUGGGAGAUAAGAGUAGUGGGAUGGGAGGUUUUGUACGGAGCAGAGUUUGUGCCAGAGAACAAAGGAGGAUACACAGUGAUCAUUCAGAAACCAAGGAAGAUGGCUGCAAAAGUUGAACCGCUAGUGUCUCAGAGCUUCAAAGUUGGAGAAGUUGGCAAGAUUCUACUGACCGUAGAUAACCCGAGCACGGCCAAGAAAAUGCUUAUUUACAGGUUCAAGGUUAAACCUUUGGCGUGUGAGUAACAAAAGUUACAUCUUUUUUGUCAAGUGUUUUUUAGUUUAGAACUUGAUCAUAUGAUUGUUGAUUGUGUUAUUUUUGUCAUUCUGUUUGUAUGUUGCCGACUUAUAUGCUUGUGUGUUCUGUUUGCUAAAUUCUUUUAUUUUAGAUUU